AUGCCUCCAGAUAAAAAUGUGUUUUAUCGUAAAUAUAACAGUUUCUGUGAUGUAUUUGACAUUUUGCAAGUACAAAUAGAAUCUCUUUAUAAUAUUGGUACAGUAGCUGUUUUAGGAGAUCUAAAUGGUCGUGUUGGUUUGAAACCAGACUAUUUAUUGAACGAUUUCUUAGAUCCAUUAUUACAAGACAAUAUCUCAUUUAUUGAUUAUGAAAAUGAUAGGCAAGAUUUUGUACAGAGACAUUCCGAGGAAACAAAAGCGCCCAACAGUUUCGGACAAAGAAUUUUACAAUUAUGUAAAUCCUCCGGGUUACGCAUAUGUAACGGACGUUUUGGCGAAGAUAGUGGUAAAAUAACUUUUAAUAAUAAAAAUGGUUGUAGUGUUAUUGACUAUCUAUUAUUAUCUGAGAAUAUGUUUAAGAUUGUAAAGAGUUUUAACGUAGGAAUGUUUACCAGUUUUUCAUGUCACGCUCCAUUGUCAGUUCAAUUUUACCUUAGGGACAAUACUGUAAAUUUGAUCAAAGAUCAAUGCUCAUGUAGUAACCAUGUUUAUAAUACUUUUAAAUGGAGAAAGAAGUGCGAAGAUGACGUCAGAGAGAGUUUGUUGUCUAACGCCCAGCAGUUUGAGGAUCUGUUGACCAAUAAAGAUGAAAAUAGCGACACCAAUAUAUGCGUGGAUGAAUUAAAUAAACUUUUGUCUGAUAUUUUUGAACAGUUUACAAAGUCAGAAAUUAGACAUAAAAAAUACUGUGAUAUAUGUACUGAUGAUUAUAAACAAUUUAAAACUACAACGGAUAAACCCUGGUUUACAGAUGAAUGUAAAAACUUAUAUAAUGCUUACCAACAGGCACUAGGAUCUUUUAAUAAGUACCGGUCCAAUGAAAAUAGACUCAGUCUUAAUUUAGCAAAACAGAAAUAUAAGUGGCUUGAAAAUAAACUGAAAAGACAAUAUAAGAAUCAAAGAGGUAACAUGAUGGCUUCGUUAAAAAGGACUAAUCCGAAACAGUUCUAUAGGAAAUUUAAGAAACGUAAAAAAGUUAUACAUUCGAAUAUUACUUUAGAGCAGUUUGAAGAACAUUUUAAGAAAUUAACAUCAAACCCAGAUAUACACCCGCAAGAUUUGUCAGGCGAAAAUACAGGUACUGUGUUCGAUGAGCUUGAUUCUCCAUUUACGGAAACAGAACUUGAUGAUGGUAUUAAAAAGUUAAAACGAGACAAAUCUACAGGAUACGAUAAUAUGAUGAACGAGUACAUUAUUAUGAGUAAACAUUUCAUUAAACCGGUGUUGUGUAAAAUAUUUAACUGUAUUCUUACAAAUGGUGACUUUCCUGAAUUGUGGGUAAAAAGUAUUAUUAUCCCUGUAUUAAAAAAAGGUGACGUUAAUCAGCCUGGAAACUUUCGUGGAAUAUCUCUUGUGUCCCAUAUUGGAAAGCUGUUUACAACUCUCAUCAACGCCCGACUUACUAAAUGGAGUAGAAACCAUGAUGUACUAACAGAUGCGCAGUUUGGCUUCCGACCCGGUUAUGGUACUACUGACGCCAUCUUCGCUCUCAAUUCUUUAAUUUCAAAAUCUUUGAGAUCUGGUAAAAGAUUUUAUUGUUGUUUUGUAGACUAUAAAACGGCGUUUGACAGUGUCACACAUAUGAAGUUAUGGUUACGACUUAUUAGAUUAGGUGUAACUGAAACAGAGGAAAAGUUAAAGAGAAUGAGAGAUGGUAUUUAA